AGAACCAUGUGAUAAUCAUAGACAAAACCAUGUGAUACUCAUAUUUUGCCUGUUGAGCAUGUCCCAGCAAAUGAUCCUUCACCACUCAAUCCACAUUCAAGAAGAUAAUACCAUAUACCAGUUCAUCUAUAUAUAAGGAUACACAUAGUUGGUUUACAAACUAAGCCAAGUCUUCGCAUUCUCAACUGAAAGCUUUAUUCAAACCAUCCCCUAUCAAAGUUCUUUUCAUCUACAAAGAUAUACCAAGAAAAAGAGAUGGGUUUCCGGCUACCUAGUGUUCUUGCUAAGCAGAUUCUACGACGGUCUUCCAUAUCUAUAGAUGUACCAACAGGCUUCCUAGCUAUAUAUGUUGGGUCAGAGACACAGAAGAAGAGAUUUGUGGUUCCAGUAUCCUAUUUGAAGCAUCCUUCAUUUCAAGAUUUGCUAAGUAAAUCUGAAGAAGAGUUUGGUUAUGAUCAUCCAAGGGGUGGUUUGACAAUUCCUUGCACAGAAGAUACCUUCAUGGAUGUCACUUCUCGCUUGAGCAUAUUGUAGAGGCUCUUAAGCUUAACUUCUUGACCAAGACACA